CUGGUUUUCAAUUGUUAAGACAAAUGUUUUCAAGGGCACAAUAUUAAAACAUCACAGACGGCCACGAUGGCAAUUAUUGAAGCAGAUUAUACCUCCCUGGGGGCGGACUCAGACACUUUCAAGGUCCCCGUGGCUGUCGUUCCCGCUCAACCCAAUUCCGAAGAGCGCACGACAUAUCUCGCCUGCUUACGCGCUUCUCUAAGCUCCAUGCAAGACUCGAUCAACGUUUUUUUAACGCGGAAAAUGGAGGAGGAGAACCGGAUUGCUGGAACUGAUGCUACACAAGAUGCCAAAGAGGAAGAACAAUACGGCGAAGAGACUGUUGAGGAGAGCUAGACGCGAUUGCCUAGGGACAAAAUGCUCUUUGACCUCCAUUCUCCAAUCCUGUACUCUUGUCACUGCAGUUCCAAGAUUCCCAGAGGACAUCAAUGUUGGAGACGCCUGUCAGAGAGUACAAAGGUGGACGCAUCACCAGCGGCCAGAGUAAAUUGCUGGCUUGGUUCCAGUUGGGCGACUUUGCUCCAUGUCGAUACAAAGGCAGCACACUUUUCACCCAAACCUAAUUGACCAUUGCUGUUAACUCCGAUCGCAUAAAUUUGGCCUUGGUCCGUCGCUAUCACUAUAUGACCGUUGCCAAUCGCAAAAUCUGUUAUAUCGUCAAAUCGAUCGUCGUCUAGCAGUCUCACGUCCCCGUCAUUCGCGUCCAGCAGUUCGUGCAGUCCAAAUUGUGUUCCAGGCCUGUCACAACCCCAGAUAUACAAGGCCUUUUCUUUGCUCAAGGCACCAAACAUCCAUCCUCGGCCG